AUGAAUCACCAUCACCGCGACACCGACCCCUCCACGCCGGAGGCGUCGUCCUCGUCCUCGUCCUCGAGCCGCCGCAAUGUCUCCACGCCCGACCCCUUCGUCCCGCGCGUUCCUGGCGCGCCCGGCUACAUGACAGUAGGCUCUGGCUCCACGCCCGAAGCCGCCGCUCGCCUGGUGUCCAUGCUGGACGAUGAUUCCGGGUAUGGAGGCAGCAUGCACGAUGGACAAAGCUCCGUCCCCAGCUGGCACUCUAACAUUGGCGAGGACAGGCCCACGCAGUCGCCCACGGCCAUGGUCCCCGGUGCGCCCAGCAACUCGGAGCACGACAGGCAGCGUAGCCAUGUCCUGCAGCUGCGCUACAACCAGAACAAGAACGCCCUGGGCCGCGCCAUCCACGGCACCAUCGACACCCUGAAGAGCUUCCAGGAAAUGAACCUCAAGUGGCCGGCCCACUACCCCUCCGUGCAGAAAGAGCGCAAGCCCUCCCACAGCCGCGAGCCGCGCCCCGGCAUCCACCACACCCAGACCUCAAUCGGCGACUUCGAUCCCUUCGUGCGCUCGCCCGAACGGCCACGGCCGCCACGACGCGCCGGCACGUCGAUAGGAGACGACCCCGUCGCCGAGUCGAGCUCAGCUGCCGCAACCAAACAAAAGGAAGAGCCGCGUCUGGUCACUCCAAAACUGGCCCAGGACUUUUCAGUCCUCAACCUGGAGCUUCGCAUGGGCGGCCGCACACAGACCGACCUCGUGCAUUCGUUGGAAAAGAGCUCGAUCGCUUCCCUUCUCGACGGACAGAUUCAGCAGAGCAUCCGCCACCUUUACUCCAUCAAAGAGCGCAUUGAGGACACUUCAAGCAAAGUGCUAGUGACCGGAGACUUGAACGCGGGAAAAUCUACUUUUUGCAAUGCUCUGCUGCGGAGAAAGGUGCUGCCCGAAGAUCAGCAGCCAUGUACAAGCAUCUUCUGCGAAGUCUUGGACUUUAAAGAGAAUGGCGGCGUAGAGGAGGUACACGCCGUGCCUAUUGGCUCGACCUACAACCGCCACAACGAGAGCACGUACGCAGUCUUCGACUUGAAGGAUCUGGAGAAGAUUGUCAUCGAUAACGAGCGCUGGUCCCAGUGCAAGGUCUACAUCCAAGACAUUCGAGAUGUCGAUCAAUCCAUCCUGAACAACGGUGUCGUUGACAUCGCACUCAUAGAUGCCCCUGGUCUCAACGCCGACUCUCUGAAGACCACUGCCAUCUUCGCCCGACAAGAGGAGAUUGAUGUCGUGGUUUUCGUCGUUUCUGCCACAAACCAUUUCACCGAGUCUGCCAAGAAUUUCAUCUUCAGCGCUGCUCGCGAGAAGGCGUACAUGUUUAUGGUAGUGAAUGGCUUCGACGUUAUUCGAGACCAGCGCCGCUGCCAAGAAAUGAUCCUGAAGCAAGUCGCUGGGCUCAGUCCAGCAACCUUCAAGGAGUCAAGCGAGCUGGUGCACUUUGUCUCGAGUAACGCCAUUCCAAUGGGUGCAGGCGGCAGCUCACCGCCAGGCGACGACGGAGAUGACGAUCCGUCCGACAAAGGGAAGGGCAAGGGCAAAGAAGCAGACAAGAUCCGCGACUUCGGUGACCUUGAGACCUCGUUACGGCGCUUUGUACUGGAGAAGCGAGCCAGAUCGAAGCUGGCACCCGCUCAGACCUACCUUCUCAAUGUACUGGGCGAUCUCCACAGUUUGGCCGUGGUCAACCGCGAUGUUUCGCAGGCUGAGCUUGACCGCGUUACAAAGGAAAUCGAAGCGCUCGAGCCCGAGUACGAAGGAUCCAAGAAAGCCCGCACUGAAGCUGGCGAGCAAGUGGAGCGGACGGUCGAGGACACAACCACGGAAGUAUACAGCCACACACGCGACACACUGAACACAUGCAUUUCGAGAGUUGGAGAGCAAGACAUGGGCAUCGAAUACCCUGGACUGCUGUCUGCCUACCAGUACGCCGAGGAUUUGAGGGACUCGAUGCUCCAUGAGGUGUCAGAAACAGUACGCUUGUGUGAAGAGCAUGCACGAACCCAGGCAGCUCAAGGCUACAACGGCAUCAAAAACCUGGGUAUACUGCACCUUGGCGACGACCUCCACGCCGGUAUUGUAUUCCGACCCGAGCGCAUGUUCAGGAAGUCCAUGCACGCUCUGGCGCGCCAAGUGGACAUCGACAUCGAGCUGUGGGACUUCUUCGACGUUGCCAGCCUUUGGGAACGCCAAGAAAAGGUCGCAGGUACCGGUAUGGCUGUCACGGUCGCUGGCGUGGUAGGAGGGAGACUCGUCGGCGGUGUAGGCUGGCUCGACGGUGCUCUCGGUGCUGCGAAGAUUAUGGGGUCGAACAACAUGAAGAGACUGUUGAUCCCUGGUCUCAUCGCUGGUGUCGCCAUCGGCAUAUCCUAUGUUCUUGCCUCAGUGCCUAAAUCUCUACCGCACCGCCUUUCCGCCAAGCUCUCCCAGCAGCUGUCGGCCAUCGACUACACCCACCAGAACGCCCUUCGCAUCAGUUCCGAGAUCCGCCGCGCUCUCAAGGGCCCUGCAAACGAUGUCCGCAUCGGCUUACAGCGCAAUGUUGAGAAGCUGCAGCUCAAGAAGGAAGAGACAAGCAAGUUCAAGGUGGAAGCCGAGGUCGCGAGGAAAUACUUCGGCAACCUCGUACGCAGCAGCAACGACCUCAAGCAGACGGUGCAGAGGGUCGAUCUGGAGGCUGCGCCGCCGGCAUUCGCUAGCGUCAGUCAGUAG